CAAAGCACCACCCGGAAGCGGCUAGCGACGGGCAGCGCCAAGGGCCAGAAAGCCGGUGGGCAGUAGGGUGUGCCGUAUAGUAGAGCUACGAUGGAGGACGAUGCGCCUGUGAUUUACGGGCUGGAGUUCCAGGCACGAGCUUUAACACCUCAGACAGCAGAAACAGAUGCAAUAAGAUUUUUGGUUGGAACACAGUCUCUUAGAUAUGAUAAUCAGAUUCACAUCAUAGACUUUGAUGAUGAAAAUAACAUUAUAAACAAAAACGUUCUCCUUCAUCAAGUGGGUGAAAUUUGGCACAUUAGUACCAGUCCUGCAGAUAAAGGUGUACUAGCAACCUGCUACAAUAAAACUUCAGACAGUAAAGUCAUGACAUGUGCUGCUGUUUGGAGGAUGCCGAAGGAAUUGGAAUCAGGCAGUCAUGAAUCCCCUGAUGAUUCAUCAAGCAACACUCAAACCCUGGAGCUACUCUGUCACCUUGACAACACAGCCCAUGGCAAUAUGGCCUGUGUUAUGUGGGAACCAAUGGGAGACGGUAAAAAGGUGAUUUCGCUGGCUGAUAAUAACAUAUUAUUGUGGGAUUUACAGGAAAGUUCAACCAAAGCUGUGCUCUCUAGUUCUGCAGCCUUGGAAGGGAAAGGACAAUUAAAAUUUACUUCUGGAAGAUGGAGUCCACACCACAAUUGCACACAGAUUGCAACAGCCAAUGACACCACUGUUCGAGGAUGGGAUACACGAAGCAUGAGACAGAUAUAUUGCAUAGAAAAUGCACACGGACAGCUGGUACGAGACCUAGACUUUAAUCCCAAUAAACAGUACUACCUGGCUAGCUGCGGAGAUGACUGCAAGGUGAAAUUCUGGGACACGAGAAAUGUCACUGAACCAGUGAAGACACUAGAGGAGCAUUCCCACUGGGUAUGGAAUGUCAGAUACAAUCACUCUCAUGAUCAGCUGAUCCUUACAGGAAGCAGUGAUAGCAGAGUUAUCCUUUCUAAUAUGGUAUCAAUUUCUUCCGAACCAUUUGGGCAUAUGGUAGAUGAUGAUGAGCUAAGUGACCAAGAGGACCAGCAUCAAGAAGAGAAGAUUAAAGAGCCCCUUCAGGACAGUGUAAUAGCCACCUAUGAAGAACAUGAAGAUAGUGUAUAUGCAGUUGAAUGGUCCUCAGCAGACCCGUGGCUAUUUGCUUCUUUAAGUUAUGAUGGGAGACUUGUUAUUAACAGGGUUCCCAGAGCUCUUAAAUAUCACAUACUGUUAUGACUUGUUUGGAUCGUGGUGGAGUUGUUAUGUUGAUGUACACAAUUGGUAGGUAUCGUUUAGGGGUUGGGGUUUGUUUUGGUUUUUUUUUUCAGGAUCUGUUUUUACUAAGUAUAAAUGAUGAAAUUUUGUUAAUAUAUGUGCUAAUGUAGACACUUUUGUCUUCUGUAUUUGCCUUGGAAACUAUGAUGCAUUUUCUGAAGGCUGUUCUAGUUAGAUGUUUUGCUGAGGUUUUGGGUUUAUUUUGGUUUAGGGGCUAAUCACUUUGUCAACUACAGAGUUUCUGGAGAUAAUGGGUACUUCCCAUACUAUCACUAUAUUACUUCAGCUUUAUGCAAAUAUAGUGCAUUACAGAGGUAUUAUUAUGCUGAUUUAAAAGUGGAACAAUGUAGGGUGCAUGGAGUAGAAGUGAUCUACUCAUUUACAAGAAUAAUAUUUUCUUUCUGAUGUACGCAGCUUUCUGCUCUUAGCUAGGGCCACGUUCUGCUAAUGAUUCUGGUCAUUCUUCAGUGUUUAUAAAUACAGUUUGGAAUGGUCUUUUAAGGCUUUCUUAAUUCAGUCUAAUAUUUUAGACACUUUUUCUACCAUUUUGCAUAUCCUAAAAAGAAAUGCUAAUUGUGAAGGGGAAACCAUCAAAAUAUAUAUUGCAUUUAAACCUUAUGGCUGUAUCAACAAAGUACCAUCCUGUAAUUUGCAAACUAAAUGCAAUUUUGAGCUGUGUGUUAUUGGAAUCAGUAGUAGUCUUUACCAAAAUCUCUUGUAUACUCAUGUAAUGUAUUAUCCCACAUUUACAAAACUUGUGUGUGCUGUAAUAUAUUUUGAGGGACUCUGGAGCUAUGCCAUUGUUAACCUGAAAAAUCUCCUUAAUAUUUGUAAGUAGUCUCUCUUUCUUACCCUUUUGGCUCUGUGCCAUUCUGUAGUAAGCUGACAUGAUGUAACAGGCUUUUUAACUAAGCACAAAAUAACCUUUGCUAUAUCCUACUCUUUGCAAUGCCUGCCCCUAGCCAUUGGUGACUGUCUUGUUACAGAUGCUGAGAACAGGCAGAUGCUGCUCUUCAGGAGAAUGCAGGGAAAUCUUGAAAUGGAAGGCAUGGUGAAACACGCCUGUAUGUGCUGGCACCCACCCUUCUCUUUGCAUAGCUUGCAUUAAGAUGGAAAUUCUGCUGUUUAUUCUUUGUGUACUCGGUACACAGCAGUAAUUUAUUCCCUGUCACCUUUUCAUUGCUAUUAUUUCCCAUUAAUUUUAGAACCUGGGUAUGGGUGGUGGUGUCGGUUACAGUAGCAUUGUGUAAGACCACUCUGAAGAAAUGGCAAUGAAUAUGGGAUGGAAAGAUCAAUCCCAGCCUCUUCCAGUGAUUCAUCCUGUUGCUAUGGCAACUGUUGGUAUUAGGGUUGAGGGACAGCCUGCUGCUCACCUCUGUUUGUCCUCACCCACUCUUGGAUCGAAACAUGUUCAAAUGUGGUUUGUUGUGUGUACACAGCUGCUUCAGUGAGAUCACACUUUGAGAGCAUGACUGACUGCUGUAAGCCAAAACAUCCAGAAAAGAUGGAAGCUGACUUCUCUUUUUCUGGCUUUCUUAAAGAGCUUGUUUGGAAGAAUUCAUAGGAGUGAAGUAGUCCAAUUAAAUAAUCUGUAUUAUUGUUUGUAUUUAUGUUACAAUGCUGCUUUUCUGCUCCAGAAUGAAUACUUUGUUGGAAAUUCUGAUGGUCUGAUUUUCUGCAUUAAGAUUUUAAACUUGUGUUAUUUCGAGUUGUCUCAGUCUGUAAUUAGGCAUGAGCUAUUCACCUGUACACUGGGAGAAAAAUUACAUUUCCAAAUCAGUAGUGCUUCAGUUGUCUAUCAAAAUCCUUGGCUGGGCUGCAGCUGUAUAUGUGGAGCUUUCAAUCUUCAGACAGCCUUGUUGGUUCUUCAUGUUGUGGUGUUGUCCUCCCUGCUCUCUCCACACCCCAAACAACAAAACUGACCAACCAAUUAAAAAAAAGAAAAAAAAGGCAACUAAAAGACCCACCAAAACCCAAACUAAACAAACCCUACCAAAACAAGCACCCAUCCUACAGCAGGACUCUUUAAACUUUCUUCACAUUAGCAAUAAAGGUCUAACGAAACUUUAUUGUCUGUUAAUGUAUAAGGAUACAUUGUGUGUGAAGGUGAUGGGAAAUUACAUAAGAGUAUGUGGGAUUUGAUAUUUAAAAUAUAAUAAAUAUGGGACAGCUUUCA